AUGCCGAGUUUCGGUGCGACUCCUCCUACUUCUGCAGUUUCGAGUACAGUUGCAACCGCUUCAAUAGCGGCACCUGCCAGCUCAGCUGCGCCUUCCAGCAGAGCAGGUUUGUUUACAGGGUUUGGAAUGUCCUCCGCAGCUGCCUCUUUAGGGACUACUACUGCUGCUGCUUCUUAUACUGGCUUUUCCUCGCUGACUCAAGGGUCGACGCCUGCUUCCUCAUCACAAGCGCAACCUAGCACCACUUUGUCUGCUUUUGGUAUGCCUCUUACUACUUCUGCAGUUUCAAGUACUGUUGCAAAGGCUUCAAUGGCAGCGCCUGCCAGCUCAGCUGCUCCGUCCGGCACAUGGGGGUUUGGAGUGUCCUCCGCAGCUGCUUCUGUAGGGAAUACUGCUGCUGCUGCUGCUGCUUCUUCUUAUACUGGCUUUUCCUCGCUGACAAAAGGGUCUUCGCCUGCUUCCUCAUCACAAGCGCAACCAAGCACCACUGUGCCUGCAUUUGGUGUUACUACUUCAGCACCUGUAGCUGCAAUGACAACAACUCAGACAUCAACGUCACUUGUUGAGGCUUCAACUAGUGGGUCUGUGACAAGUUCAACUGUCAGCACUACAAUAUCUACUGCACCAAAAUUACCUUCUAAGACUCUGGAGGAGGCUCCCCUUACGUCUUUCAAGCUUGCCGCUGAGGUCCAGACUUCUACUCCCAUCUCUCCAGUACAACCCUCAAGUCUGGAUUUCGAUGCUCUAGAUCUGGAAACUCAAUUGGCAUUAAUAUGUGGAGGCUCUUCUAGUUCUGGCCUUGCUCCCAGCGUCAAGGCUGAACAAGCCAUUUGUAGGAUCAAGCUCUGGCAAGCCAAGGAUUUUGCUGUGGAAGAGGGCCAUCAAUCUGUGGGUGAACUCAUCAAUAAUUUACAAAUUUUGGCUGAAGAGAAUCUCAUCUCCAAGUCUAUUUUCAGUUCUGGAGUCACUUCAGCUCAAGAGUUUCAACAAGCUGCAGACUUGUGGGGAACAAUUCACACUUCCUUCGAGCAAGCUAUCACCUCUAGAAAUGUCUAUCAAAGAUCUGCUGAAAAUUUAGAGAAAGAUAGAUCUCAAUGCUUUGCUCAGGACUUCGAAUUGCAGUAUCUCAAAAAUGAAGCUCUAGAGGUAGAAGCAGAGAUUGCCAAAUUGCAAACACAACUCAAGGCCAUCAAGACUAAGGAAAAGGAAGUACGAAUUAAAUUGCAACGUAACCUUAGAGAUACUUGGGAGUUGCAAAAACAAAUCACCACUGCCCAACCUGGAUUGGAGGAGUCUCACGCAUUAAUUCUGAGAGGAUCAAAAUUGAGAGCAGACAUGGAUGCCAAGUUUAGAGUUUUGAAAGUUAUUUUAACCAGUAUCGUAACUUUGAUGAUCGAAUGA